CUAAAAUAGUUGUGAUAGGUUCGACCCUCGUGGGGAUAAAAAUGUACGGAAAACAUGGGAACUUUAUUUUGAAACUCACUACUAUCAACAUCUCACUUCCACUCGGAAGCGGAGCCUAGUUGUGCUAUCUUGAUGCAGUUUGGUCAAGCUUUCUGAAGUCAUGUCGUCCACGGGAACCAACGCCAGAGUUGUCGUCAUAGGAUGCGGGAUAUCGGGAAUUGCAGCGGCACACAGACUCCUGAAAGCUGGAUUUCAACAUGUGCGGAUACUCGAAGCCACCGGAAGAAGCGGGGGGAGGAUUAAAACGAGCACUUUUGGUGGUAAAAUAAUAGAGAUGGGGGCCAACUGGAUCCACGGACCAUCCGAAGAGAACCCGGUGUUUUGUUUGGCUCGGCAAUACGACCUGCUGAGUCCAGAAGCUCUCACCCCAGAGAACCAGGCAAUGGACGUCGGAGGACAUCCUCCCUGGAUCCCCAAUGUCUUCACCAGCUCAGGCCGCAAACUGAGCUUCGAGGAUGUGUUACCCGCUGUGGAAAUGCUAAAGGAACUUCUGGAUGAGAGUUCAGACUUUCUGGAGGGGGGUGAGCCCUGGCCCAGCGUGGGUCAAUUUAUACGUGCGGAGGUGCUACAAAGAUCAGCAGAGAAGUGGAAAGCAAACAGUGAAAACUCUUUGCAGCGCUGCAUGAUCAGCACCAUGAUGAAGGUGGAGUGUUGCGUUAAUGGAACUCACAGCUUGGAUGACGUGGGCUUGGGUGGUAUUGGCCUCUAUAAAACAAUGCCAGGACUUGACUGCACCUUUCCAGGAGGUUAUGAUGGUCUAGUCAGGAACCUGAUGUCAGAGCUGCCUCCUGGUGUGGUGACCUACAACCAACCCGUUCGCUGCAUCCACUGGAACAACUCUGACAAGAGGGAUGCACCCGUGAACAUCGAAUGCGACGAUGGGAAGAUGGUGGCAGCUGAUCAUGUAGUCGUCACAAUUCCUUUAGGCUACUUAAAGAAGCACCAUAUGUCACUCUUCCGUCCUCCUCUUCCUUUGCACAAAAUGCACACCAUCCAGAGAUUGGGCUUCGGCACCAACAAUAAAAUAUUUGUGGAAUUUGAUUGGCCCUGGUGGGAUGAGGAUUGCGAGGUCAUCUACUUGGUCUGGGAAGAUGAGGACGCCAUGUUGGACCAGGUGCAGGAUAUUCCAGGGUCCUGGAUAAAGAAAUUGUUUGGCUUCACUGUGUUAAAACCCACUGAAAGGUUCGGCCAUGUUUUAUGUGGCUGGAUCGCUGGGCAUGAGGCAAGUUAUAUGGAGACUUUGCCUGAGCAGGAGGUCCUGCAUGCCGUCACUCAACUUGUCCGCAGGUUUACAGGUAAUCCCAUAAUCACGCCACGGAGAAUCCUCAGAUCUCAAUGGUGUCUUGAUCCCUGGACAUGUGGAUCGUACAGUUACCCUUCGAGGGGCUGCUCAGUGCAGGACUAUGAGAACAUGAUGGAGCCUCUGCCAUCCAAGCGAUCGCUUUCGCAACCGCUGCAGGUGUUAUUUGCUGGAGAGGCGACUCAUCCCUGCUAUUUCUCCACCGUCCACGGAGCUCUUCUCUCCGGUUGGAGGGAAGCCGACAGGCUUCUCGCUCACUACUCGUCCUCUGCUCGUCCAGUACAACCAACCAAGUCAAAGCUUUAAAAGAAUAAUGCUAUUCAGACUUAGAGAGGAAUGCUAAAUAAUGUGAUUUCAUUGUGUAUCGAUUAUUAUAAUGAUACAGAUUAAUCUUGAUGAGUAUGUGCCAUAAAAUGAUGAUGAUAAUUAUCGGUCUUAUUUAGAAGAAAUAUGCAAUCCUGUUUUGGAGCGCAAAAAAAAAAAAAACCAUGACCUUUGAAAAGGAAUCCUCUUUUCACAUCAAUAAAAGUUGAAAGGUAUUUUUAUGCAUAACAUACAACUACAGAUAAAAUGUGAUAUGACAACUUUAGAUGACUGAUUUAAUUUUCCAAUACCUAAUAAAAAUGU